AUGAAGAUCCAAAUCACUGGCGAAAACACAGAGACAUUCGAAGUAGGGGUAGACAAUGCUAAGUCAACUGUUGUCGAACUCAAAGCAAUCAUUGCUUCAAUCAAGGAAACAGAUUACGAUGAUAUGCAUCUCUUCUUAAACGAUAAAGAACUCGAAGACGAGAACACACUUGAGGAGAGCGGAGUACAAGAAAAUACAUCUCUCAAGAUGAUCAAGAAUACUUCGUUCAAUGAUGCAUGCUUUGGAGGCUGCCCAUUCGACUGCUUCGACCCAAGCAAGAUUCAAGAAAUGUUAGAACAAGUCGAGAAAGAUCCAAAGUUGAUAUAUCAGAUUAUCAACAAAUACCCAAUGCUCGCUGCACAUCCAUUGGUUCUCCCAGCUGUUCAGCAGCUUGUAGAUCACCCAGAGACAUUCAAGCAGAUCAUCACAAUGUUGAAGAACCUCUCUCAGACAUUCACACAAGGAAUGACACAGUUCAAAGAGGAUGCAGAGAAACUCCAGAAGAACGAUGAAUUCAACGAGAUACUCAGGAACUCAUUCAACUGCGACUGCCAGCACUCCGAAGAAGACGAUCGUCAGACAUCUGAGAGAGAAAACUUCUACAGACUUACAGGUGUUGAACGCACACCAGAGAUGGACGAGAUGAUUGCGAAGGCAGAAGCAUCUGGCGACAUUCACAACCUCAUCGAGACAGUCAGAAGACUUCGUGCUAGCGGAAUUGAUGUCUUCAAGGGUGUCGAGAUUCAUGGAACAGAAGAUAACCUCGAGAAGAAGUAUGAACAACAGUUGAACACACUUGGUGAGAUGGGAUUCCUCGACAAAGAGACAAACAUAUCAAUCCUCAAGCAAACAAACGGAAAUAUCAACCUUGCACUCGAAAAGAUUUUCAACAACCACUGA